AAAAGUUCCACAUUAACCGAACCGUCGUCUUUCGCCUUUCUUUCCCUUCCGCUCCUAACCCUAGACGAAAAAAAAAGCGAGGAUGCUGCCACGGGAGCUUUCAUCGGGUUUUCUUUAUAUUCAUCUAAAUACCUUAUUAAAUCCCGGGAUUUAGUAAAUCCAGGCUUUAAAUCCUGCUACCUAGCAGUCCCCUAGAGAAACAGUGAAAAGUGGGAUCGGGAUUCGACUGUUCACCAUCUAGAGAGGAUAUGAACCACCGACAUGGCCGCCACCGGUCGGAAUUAUAUGCCAAGAGUCAAAGGGAUUAUUCAUCCGGGCGAAGUGACCUCAAAAACUCUAGGAGAGGUCAUGGAAGACGUGGUCGUGUGGACUCAUCUCAAAGUGAUACUGGGUCUGAUUUCGGAUCAGAUGAUCACCACAAAAAGGGCAAAAAAUCAAGAGAAAUCACAGAAGAAGAAAUCGUGGAUUAUAUGGCGAAGAAAGCCCAAAAGAAGGCUAUAAAAGUGGCCAAGAAGCUUAAGUCUCAAGUGGUCUCUGGUUACUCAAAUGAUUCAAAUCCGUUUGGGGAUUCAAAUCUUACUGAAAACUUUGUAUGGCGCAAGAAGAUAGAACGUGAUGUUUCCCAAGGCGUAAUUGUGGACAUAUCUGUUAGUUCUGAGAAGAAGAGACAAAGGGAAAGAAUGGCUGAAAUUGAAAAAGUGAAGAAACGGAGAGAAGAAAGAGCAGUUGAGAAAGCACAACAUGAGGAGGAAAUGGCCAUGCUGGCAAGGGAACGUGCUAAGGCUGAAUUUCAAGAUUGGGAAAAGAAAGAAGAGGAGUUCCAUUUUGAUCAAAGUAAAUUUAGAUCAAUGAUUAGAUUGCGUGAGGGCCGUGUAAAACCUAUUGAUAUACUUGCGAAGAAUCUCGAUUGUUCAGAUGAUUUUGACAUCGAAAUAAAUGAGCCUUACACUGUCUUUAAGGGGCUAACAGUUAGAGAAAUGGAAGAACUUUGGGAUGACAUCAAAAUGUAUCUGGACAUGGACAGAUCUACAGAAACUCGAAUCAGAUUUUGGGAGGCCUUAAUGGUAGUAUGCAACUGGGAGCUAGCUGAGGCUAGGAAAAGGGAUGCACUGGAUCGUGCUAGGGUGCGUGGCGAGGAACCACCUGCUGACAUUCUUGCUGAAGAAAGGGGUUUACAUUCAAGCAUUGAAUCAGAUGUCAAGGGACUUUUAGAAGGCAAAUCAUUUGUCGAAUUGGAAAAAAUGCAAGAAAACAUCGAGUUACAGAUGCGGUCUGGUACUGCUAAGGUUGUUGAAUACUGGGAAGCUGUUAUAAAACGUCUUCAAAUUUACAAAGCGAAGGCUUGUUUGAGGGAAAUUCAUGCCAAUCUCUUGAGAAAGCAUCUCCUGCAUCUAGAGCAACCUGUGAAGGUCGAACGAGGUUUAGAAAACUCUGAAGCUAUGAAGCCAAUUGAGGUGGAUAAUGUACAAGUCGUGGAGGAUCAUCAACAAGCUUUUGUUGAGAUUGAAAUGGAUGAAUCAGAGAACGAACCAGAGGGAGAAACUGGCUCAUUCUCCCCUGAGCUGCUGCAAUGCGAUGAGGAUGAGGAAGCCAUUGAUCCUGAAGAAGACCAGGCUGACUUGAAUCGAAAACGUGAAGCUGUACUAACAGAGCAACAAAGAAGGAUUAAGGAAGCAAUGCAUGCAAAAGCGCUUGUGCCUGAUGACUUGGAACUGAAAGCAGUUAAAGCAAUGGGAGCAAUGGAGGAAGGUGACGCUGUUUUUGGUGCUGGUGCUGAAGUUAAUCUGGAUUCACAAGUGUAUUGGUGGCAUGACAAAUAUAGGCCAAGGAAGCCAAAAUACUUCAAUCGGGUUCACACAGGAUACGAAUGGAACAAAUAUAAUCAAACACAUUACGAUCAUGACAACCCUCCCCCAAAAAUAGUGCAGGGUUAUAAGUUUAAUAUAUUUUAUCCUGAUCUUGUUGACAAAUCAAAAGCUCCUAUCUAUACGAUAGAGAAGGAUGGCAUCAGUAAUGAAACAUGCAUCAUAAGAUUUCAUGCAGGACCACCUUAUGAAGACAUUGCCUUCCGAAUAGUUAACAAGGAAUGGGAGUAUUCUCAUAAGAAGGGCUUUAAGUGCACAUUCGAGCGAGGAAUUCUGCACGUUUACUUCAAUUUCAAACGAUACCGUUAUCGUAGGUAGCAAUUCCACGUUUGCAGUCAAUCAAUAUUUCAGAGAGAGCAAUUCCUGUGAUCGAUCAGCAGUUAAAGACCAGCGCUCCGCUAUUUUUUUAAGCCGAAUUUUGUUCAUAUUUAGAAUGACAUCUGUACAUAUGAAGCCUAUGCGAGUUGUUACUAAUUAGUGAAUUUUAGUCAGAAUUACUCGAGCCAUUGAAACUGUACUAUAAUGUACCGUGUUAUGGUCGCCAUCAUGUGGUUUGAAGGGAAAUUGUAAUUUAUCAUGUUUGUAAAUCAGAUUUCAUGAUUGGAUGAGUGGCGUUUGUUACGUUUAGCCUACUUAAUUGUUUGAUUGGGAUGUAGCAAUGUUCGAACAAUUGUAAUUUCUGAUUUUCUUUAUAGAUGUAACUCUUGCAUUUA